UUGUUGUCAAUAUAGAGGAGGGCAGCAAGCCCAUCUUAGGACUAUGGUUUGAAGAUAUCUUUUCAUCGGAUGAGAUUUCAACAAAUAUUAAUAAAGAAAACAAAUAAUGAAGCAAAUACUGAACAUAUUGCUACAGUCAUCAUUCCAGAUAAUCGAGAGCCUCAUAUUUUUUGCUGUGACAUACAGUUACAAUUGUUAUAAAGAAUAAAAGAGAGAGGAGAGAGAUUAAAAUAACCUUUAAAAAUGGCUAACUCUCCCGUUAUGGGCAAUAUUGUGGAGAGAAAGUUUAAUGAAAAAUACAAAUUCGACAGUAAUCGUGUUUCUACCGUAGAACAUGAACUUGGAUUUCCCAAGGUUUUUAAAUUGGAUGAUAAUGUACUUACAAAAAAAGAUAUUAAUAGAAAACAGAGUUUAUUUCGACAACAUGUUUCAACGCUAAAACCUACAAAAGGUAUAGCGAAGAUUCAAAAGGAUGAAUUUUUGCAUAGUAACAAAGAAGAAGUAAGUUUUGUAGCAGAGGAUCAAUUGGCUGAUAAAAUUCAUCAAGAAAAUUUGGAUAAGCUGGCUAAAAUGAGUGAAGUGGACAUACUAAAAGAAAAGAAAAUACUUGAGGAGACUCUAGAUUCUAAAAUAAUACAAUUCUUAAAGAAUAGAAAAAAAUGUGAAAAAAGAUCGAUUGAAAAAAGUAUGAAUACUGCAUCAUCCACAAAUAGUGUAGUAUCACUGGAUACAGAAUCUAGUGAUAAGAAACUGAAACUUUCUUUAAAUGAUAAUAAUAAUACAGAAAUAGAGAAUGAUACAAAUAUUUCAAUUACAAAAGAAAUAACAAUGGACGUAGAAGUACCUGAUGAUAAAAAGACAAAAUUUCCUUUGAAAGGAAACGAUACAAAUAUGGACUGGGAGGAUGAUACAGUCAGCAUACCAAAGUCAUCUAAAGAAAUAUUGGAAGCAAGCAAGCAGAAAGGAUGGCUGCAUAUGAACAAACCUGAACCAGAAAAGUUAAAAUGGAUGAAAGAUUUAACGGAAGAAAAAGAAGAACUUGCAACAAACGAAGAAUACAAUGCAAGAUUUGAUUUUAAUGGUCUUUUAUUACCAUACAAAGAUGAGAAUGUAACUUUAGACAAAGGACUUCACCAUCAUGGAGAGGAACCUGAACGUCCUGGAUAUUCCCUUCAAGAGUUACUGCAGCUGAGUAGAUCUUCCAUUCAACAGCAACGGUGUAAAGCCCUUACUACCCUAGCUAAUGUCAUGGAGAAGACACAUGAGGGCAGAUAUGACAAAGCUCUGCAUCCAUCACCAUUAAUUGCGUUGAGUCAAAAGAAUAUUCUAUUGCUGUUGAGAUUCUCGCUGGACGAUUCAUCUGUAGCCGUAGUUACAGCAUCUUUGCAGGCACUAAGAGCUUUUUUGGUCAGUGAAGCAGACGAGAUAUGUCUGGAUAGACUACAUGGAUUUAAUGGACACGUGGAACCAACAUUGAUUCCUCAACUUGAAGACAAAGACACAGGUAGUCUGAAGGAUCACGAAUUGGCGCAAUUGGACGCGGUGACUACGCUACUGAGAUCCGAUUUUCUGUUACGAGUCAGAUACAUCCUAAAUGAAAUGCAUCCACCACCUAUCGGAGUAACGUGUGCCUUAGAAAUACUCAUUCGUCUUGCGAGGUACUCGCAUACAACGGCGCUAAAUAUUUCAUCCACACCAUACUUGUUAGAUACUAUUAUCCAAAAUUUUAUGCCACUAUCAAUAGACCUAUUAGCAAUGCAGGACGCAAUAAAUAACAUUUACGGAAUCCCCGUAGUUAAAGCGAUUAAAUUGUGUCGCGUUCUCGUCACAUAUGGUAAAAAGCCCGUCGCACAGAAAUUAAAUAACUUCAAAGUUAUACAUACCAUUCUAACAUACGUUAAUAGCGAGACAGGGAAAGAUGAUUUAGAGCUCAGCAUCGAGAGCCUGCGACUCUGGCGCAUGUUAUUGCACUAUGAAAUAGGAUUGGAAAGUGUCACAGGUGCUCUCAUAUCACAAUUACAACUAUUGUUGAGUAAUCACGAUAUUCAAAGCACGUCCAAAAAUGAGUUAGCUUGCGAACGCGCAGCAGCGUUAAUUGCCGUAGCGAGUCAUGAAAGAAAUUUGCGAUUGAACAUGUCGACAUUGUUGAAGAAAUGGAAUACUCAAUUUUUAUCAGUAUCUAAUGCAACAUGGGGUGUUAUGAAACUAAUCGCGGAGAUAUUAGCCACCGUUGAAACAUCCUCAUUCGAAAUACCGUGGUUAUCCAACGAACAUAUUUUCUUGAGACUUCGUUCUAGCUCGAAUUUAUUGAGCGACUGCAACCCGGCAACGGAUCGAACACCGUCUUGUCUACCGAACUUGGACGUUUACACGGAAAACGGAGAGCCGCAGCCGAUCGUGUCGAUAAAUUCAUGCAUACCAUUCUUCGCGUCAGUGCUGAAAACAUUUUGCAAGCAUUCUCGCUUAACGGAAAUUCGCACAAUACUUGAACACCCGAAUUUUUGCAAAUACAUACGAGACUUGGAAAAGUUUAAUUGGAGUUUCGAAAGAUCAUGGUAUAGCCGAACGGAAUUAUGUUUUUUGACAAUGGUGGUGAAAGCAGCAUCACUUCUGGGGAAUACAAUUAAUAAUCAGACAGCACAAAUUAUAUGGAAAAUUGCCAUCAAACUCGUGUCGGCUUUGCCCGCGGAUGCGACAGAUGACGUGAGAGAACUUCUCAAGAUUGCGCUAUCCAACGAGAAAGUGAAUUUAGAGCUGAUCGUCAAUGAAUUGGCCAAAUUAGAUUUAGUUGCAUCAACCACAACAAAUCAAGUUAAGAUAGAUUUACGCUCCGAUGCGGCGUCCCUUUACGAGAAAUACGUCGUCCCAAACGGCGACUGGAAUCAGGCGGCGAUGCCGAAAGAUUGGCUCUUCUUACCGCUCGUUCACUUAUACAACAAGUAUAAAAGUGAUGUUAAGUUUCAGUCAGAGGAUAAAGGCAGCAUUUUGACAGUACUGAGCCUAGCAUUGAUCUUACCCGAUCUCACGAGAAGGUUGUCACCUACUUUGCGAUUCAGUAGAUUGAUACUAGUGUAUCUCUGCGAUACGGUGUACUUGGACAAAGAUGUAUCUGCGUUGCUGGCUAAAGUCUUAUCGAAUCUGUUGACGAAACAUCACGCACGAUUGGACUUCCAGGCGGAGCUGCCGGGGCUGAGCUCCUUCACUGAUCUGUUUACGGCGUUGUGCGAGCAAUUUUACUCGAGUUCAUAUGGCGACAACAAUUUCGCCGCGACGCUGCUUGUACCAGUAGCGCAACGGCACGAUGCGCACUAUCGGAAAUUACUAUGGUCGGAACACGCGGCCGCGUUGCGAUACCUGAAAUUGUCUCCAGAAAAGCUGCUGCUGCCACUGAAGGAUUAUCUCUAUCCAGAGGAGGAGGACGCGUCUCUCAUAGAUAGUUAUAUCACGGCAUUAGUUCGCGGGACGAUCAAAGAGACCUGGUGUCCGGUUCCGUUCAUAAUCGCGUUACAUCACUCGGCGAUGUAUCUGAAACGCACGAAUAAACUGGCGGUGCGAAUGCGAACGCAGAUGGAGAAGUUGAGGAACAGAGAUAUUGCGGAUAAGCUGUUACAUUACGAAUCACCGUGAUUAUAGUAAUAUAAAAUAAAUACAAAAACAAUACCAAGUAAUUAUAUAUAUUAUAUAUGUGUA